AUGGAAAAUCCGCUUAACACUCCAACAAGUGAUAUAGACAAACAAAUACUACUCCAAAAAUUAAAAGUAGACGAAGAAAAAGAAAAAUCAAAACAAGAAGAAGAAAAAUUAAAACAAAAACAAAUAGAUGAAAAUAUCGAAAAAAUAAAAUUAAAACAAAUCCAAGAACAAAAAGAAAUAUUAAAACUUGAACUCAAGAGAAAAAACCAAGAAGAAGGUAUUCAAGCACGAAAGCUAUUCAUGACAGAUGGUGAACAAAUGAUAUCUAUAUCAAGUGAUCGCUUGAGUUCAGAAUUAACUGAUUUGGAUUAUUACAACACAUUUGUAGUAAAGACUUUAACUUCUUUCGAUAUUAAAUCUUUAUUAAAUAAUGAAAAAAAUAUUGAUGAUAAUAUGGUCAAGAUUUUUCAUAACUAUUUUUAUCAACUCAAGUUAUAUAGUAAUAUGUCAGAAAAUGAAAUUCAACUUACAAUGAAUAAUUUAAUGGAUAAAUUAUUUAAUACAUUUAAAAAUUUAACAUCAUUACAAUAUUUAAACACAUCUCAAUUGAAAUAUCUAAAACAGAUAGUACGUUCUGAUUGUACUUAUAUAUAUAAAAAUAUUAAUAUUAAUAAUAAGGGUGAAUAUGCAUCUUUACAAGAUUUUGUUAUUUGUCUUGGUGAACUAAAAUCAUCAAGUGAGGGUAUUGAUUCAUUCGAUCAUAUUGGACAAUUAUGUCGUUAUUUGGCUCAUAUACUAGAUGUGCAAAAUCGUCAAAAAAUCUAUGGUUUUAUAACAAAUCUUCGAUAUAUAAGAUUUUAUUGUGUUCAAAAACAAACAAUACAGCCUUACUAUAAAUAUGGGCAAAGUGAUAUAUUCGAAAUGUUGCAUAUUUCAUCUGAAUUAACAUCGACUGUUAAGAAAAAAAAAUCAAACAACCGAUCAAAAUUAUAUUUUAAUAAUGAUACAUAUCUUAAUAAAGAUACAAUAGAAAUAUUUAUGAAAUUUUUAACAAUGAAUCCUGACUUUUAUCAAUAUACAAUGUUAAAUAUAAAUCCUAAUGAUGAUUUAUAUGGUGAUGAAUUUCAUAUAAAACAAAGAUUAGGAAUAGGUGUUACUUCAGUUGCCUAUCGAUUAGUUAAUCAAGAUGAUAAUCAACGAGCUACUAAUCGAAUAUCUCGUGUAAUGAAAAUUUCUAAAUCUAUGAGCUAUGAAAGAAUUUUUAUGAACGAAAUUAAAAUAUUAGAACAAUUAAAAGAAUUGACAAAUUCAAAUGAAUCUAAAUUUUUUUCAAAUAUUAUAAAAUGGUCACCUCAAGGUAAAUUCAUAUUAUUUAAAGAUCCAUUGAAAGCUUUAACAUCAAUAAAUUUACAACAAGCAAAACAACUUAUUAGCAUCAUUGAACAUUUAUAUAAAUGUGGUAUCAUUCAUCGAGAUAUACGUCCAAACAACAUUAUGUUCGAUGAAACAUGUAAUCAUUUAAAAUUGAUUGAUUUCGGUUUCGCUACAACAUUGGAAAAUAAUGAAAAUACAAAAGAAUUAGGAAUUGAAGGUGUUGUUUUAUAUGCUGGUCUUGAAUUUCUGAAACUUUAUUCAGAGGUAGUAGUACUUAAUGCGGAAAUGAUUCAUACAUAUAAAUAUGAAAGAACGUUUGAUCUAACGUGUGCAUUAAAUGUUAUCAUGUUUAUGAAGAAUAAAGAGAUUGCAAAAAAAUUCAACUUAUGGAAAUCUUCUUCGCUUAAAUUAAGAGUUGCUGCAUCACUUGAAUUUUGGUCUGAUCUAAAACAGAAGAAUAAAAAUUAUAAUGAUUUAUUAAAUUUAAUCGACAAUUUAUCAGAUUUUAAAAUUAUCAAGGAUGGUAUUGAAGUACUGUUCUAA